CACACCUUUACCGCCCUUGAGAUUCAAAUUCAUUACCGAAGACGCAACUACCGACACAAUCUUAGGUAUGGGUGGCCAACUCGGAUUCCUCCUCACUCAGAUUACCUUCAAGCCGAAACCUCUGCCACCAAAUGUACGCCUUGAUAAGCAAACAGCGAUCAUCACUGGAUCAAAUGCAGGAAUUGGCCUAGAAACAGCUCGACAGCUCGCAUCGCAUGGCGUAUCUCGCAUCAUCCUUGGAGUGCGUGAUGCGAGCAGAGGAGCGACGGCAAAGGACGACCUGGCGAAAACCAAUCCAGGAUGUGACUUCCAGGUAUGGCACCUAGAUCUGGAGUCUACCGACAGCAUUGUUUCUUUUGCGGAUAAGGUCAAGACACUCGACCGUCUCGACAUCGCAGUUCUCAAUGCAGCCGUCAAGCAGCUCAAGUUCACAACAACAGCUUCCGGCCACGAGACGAAUCUGCAGGUCAACCAUAUCGGCACGGCGUUACUAUCGCUUCUGAUAAUACCUGUUCUUAAAUCAACAUCGCAGCAAACUGGACGCCCUAGUCGUCUCACCUUCACCUCUUCGGAAGUGCACUUCUGGACGCCCUUCAAUGAGAGAACGGCGUCAAAUAUUCUAGAGCGCAUGGACCAGAAGGACUCAUUUGUUGAAGGCAUGGAGCGCUACUACACAUCGAAGCUGCUGAAUGUCCUCUGGUUUCGGGAACUGGCUUCCAAAGUUGACGUGAAGGAAGUUAUUAUCAACGGCACGAACCCAGGAUUCAUUGCUAGCCAACUCCAUCGUCACGACCCAUCUUCUGGGUUUAAGGUUCUCAAGAAGCUGCUUGCAUGGACUCCUGAGCAGGGUGCGUACUUUGUGACGGAUGCUGCAGUUUCGAAGCAGACUGAAUCACACGGAGCGUACAUUCAGGAGCAGAAGAUUACCGAGCCAUCAAAAUACGUGCUCUCUGCUGAGGGCAAGGAAGCUCAGAAGAAGCUAUGGGAUGAAACCAUUGCGCUCUUCAAGAAAGAAUCUCCCAAUGCCAACUUUGAUAGUAUCUUGUCAUGAGAUGGAAUCAAUACGGUAAUACGCCUCACGUUUCUUCUAUAUAACGUCUUUCGCGCCUCUUACAGCGAGUCUCGUGGAGCCAGAAAGUUUCACACCUCUUAAUGGAAUGGUGGCAAUGUCUUUUAGAGCCCUACAGCUACUCCU